GUUUUUUUUUUUCAACAACAGUAGCCGCACCGCCUAAUUAAAUCAAUCGGGAACCGACUUCCCUGAUCUCCCUAUUUUCCCCUUUCUUCCUCUUCAUCCAAAGGUUUUCUAAUCAGUAUUUUGUUGAAGCUCCUUGGUCCCUUGUGUCAUCGGCUCUUGUCUAAUUUAAGAAGGGGCUUACCGAGAGACGUUAUCAAGGUGUCGCACUUAAUUGAGUAAUCUGAGUUCAACUUCUACAGAAUGACACGUGAAGACCAAGGUAACGAGGAUGGUUCGUCAAUUAGUAAUGCAGAGCUGGCCCGUGUUGUAGCUGAACUCCGAAGGCAAAUUGCUGAUCAAAACAUCCUUAUUGCGCGCCUAACAGUUGAGGCAGGAAGCGGAAACAAUAAUAACAACAAUCAACAUGAGAAUGAGCACCAAAAUGACUGGGGAAGAGGAGGGCAUCAAGAGACAGGGUGGAACGAGGUGGUUCGUCGAGAGCCAUUACUGAUCACGUGGAAGAAGGCACACCCUGAGGACUUUGAGGGUGGGGCCGACCCCCUCAAAGCUCGAGACUGGUUGAAGAAAGUUGAGGGCCUAGCUGAAGGACUCGAGUUGAGGGAUAACGAGAAGGUCAAGUGUGCAUCUUACAGCCUGACGAUGAGCGCGAGGACCUGGUGGGAGACAGUGAAGCAGAGGGUCAACACCGCCACCAUGACAUGGGAGCAAUUCUCAAGGGAAUUCAACGACAAAUAUCUAAACCCCAGCAGGAUGACAAAAUUUUGGGAUGAACUCCAUGCCCUCACCCAGGGGUCGAUGGAUGUGUUGGCACUGGCGACCAGACUUACUGAUCUCUUACAGUUGUGCCCCACCGCAGCUCCCACCGAAGAAGAUAAGACCAGAAUAUUCCUGAGAGCGCUGAGGCCGGAGAUAGCUGUCCAUGUUAGGAGGGGCAACGCGACUCCAGACACCUUGACUGAGUGUGUCAAUGUUGCUACUCAAGUGGAAUACUAUGUUUCAGCUUUACAGACAAGUGUCAUAACCUCAUCAGUGACUCAGCGUCCAUCAACGCAGAACUCAGGUGGAGGGCAAUCGCAAAGAUGGCAAAGGAACAAGAAGAGGCCUUAUUCAGAGUCCAGUGGGAAGGGAUCUAGUUUCACCCCAUCCCGUCAGGAGAAGAUCAUACGACACCCAUUAUGCAACAAGUGUGGCCGCAACCAUCCCGGGCAGUGCCGUUUUGGAGGUACAACUUGCUACAUCUGCGGUCAGGAGGGUCACUUUGCUAGAUCUUGUCCGCGAAGAGGGCAACCACAAUCAACGGGUGGAAAAGGCAUAGUUAGCUCCGGGGCAAUCCACCACAUGCAAGCGUACAUUGAGGGUCCUUCCAUUCAGCAAGGGAGGUUAGAGGCACCACCAGAGGUUACCGCCGCAAGGGUGUACACGCUGACAAGAGAGGAGGCGUCUCAGAAUCCAAAUGUGGUCACAGGUCAGGUUUCCAUACUAAACAUCAAUGCUAAUGUGUUAUUUGAUACCGGAGCAACACAUUCCUUUGUUUCCAAAACAUUUGCAAAUAACAUUGAGAGACCAAAAGAAGAACCAGAGUAUAUCUUUUCAGUGUCCCUUCCAUCAGGUGAGACUAUGUGGUCAAGUCUUUGGCUAAGAGGAGUACCAUUAUUGCUAGCAGAGAGAGAGUUAUAUGCGGAUUUGGUAGUGCUGGAUAUGAAUGAUUUCGAUGUGAUAUUGGGAAUGGACUUCCUUAGUAAAUAUUCUGCCUACAUCAGUUGUCGAACCAGGAAUGUACGGUUUGAACCAGAUGGUACAGAGCCUUUCGAUUUUCAUGGAGAUUCACAUAAAUUGGAGAAGAUGGUAAUCUCUGUUCUGAAGGCAAGGAGAUAUCUUCAGAGUGGGUGCCAAGCAUUCUUAGCUCACGUGGUGAGUAAAACUGCAGAGAAGGAGCCUAAACUUGAAACGGUAGCCGUCGUCAAGGAAUUUCAGGAUGUGUUUCCAGAGGAUCUUCCUGGGUUACCUCCACCGAGAGAGAUAGAAUUUGAGAUAGAGCUCAUACCAGGAACCAAUCCGAUAUCCAAGGCACCCUACCGUAUGGCACCAACGGAACUAAAGGAAUUGCAUAAGCAACUACAGGAAUUGCUCGAGAAGGGUUUCAUCCGUCCCAGUUUUUCUCCGUGGGGAGCUCCUGUGUUGUUCGUGAAGAAGAAAGACGGGUCUAUGAGGUUGUGCAUAGACUACAGGGAGUUAAACAAGGUUACGAUCAAGAAUAGGUAUCCCCUCCCGAGAAUAGAUGAUCUGUUUGAUCAAUUGAAAGGUGCCACUACUUUCUCGAAGAUUGAUCUGAGAUCAGGAUAUCAUCAGUUGAGAGUCAAGAAUGAGGAUAUUUCAAUGGAUUUCAUUGUAGGCCUACCAAAGACCACAGGAGGAUUCGAUGGCAUUUGGGUAAUUGUAGACCGAUUAACCAAGUCGGCCCACUUUAUUCCCAUUGCGGUAACCAUGAAUGUGGAAAAGUUGGCUUGGUUGUAUGUCCGUGAGAUAGUCCGAUUGCACGGAGUCCCCAAGACUAUAAUUUCUGAUAGAGACUCCAAAUUCACAUCACACUUUUGGGAAUGUGUGCAGCGGUCAUUGGGAACAAAAUUGAAGUACAGCACCGCCUUUCACCCGCAAACUGAUGGGCAGACCGAGAGGGUCAAUCGAGUUCUCGAGGAUAUGUUAAGGGCGUGUGCUAUUGACUUUCAGGGCAGUUGGGUGAAAUAUUUAAGCCUCGCAGAAUUCGCUUACAACAAUAGUUAUCAGGCUACCAUUGGCAAGGCUCCUUAUGAGGCAUUGUACGGAAGAAGGUGCAGGUCCCCUAUCACAUGGUUUGAGAGUGGGGAAAAGAGAGUAAUGGAGGAGCAACUCGAGGGUAGAACUGAAAUCAUUGAGGAGACAUCGGAGGCCAUCAAAACCAUUCGACAAAGGAUUGAGGCAGCUCAAUGUCGACAAAAGAGUUAUGCCGACGCUAAGAGACGACCCCUUGAGUUCCAAGAAGGGGAUCGUGUCUUCGUGAAGGUCACUCCGAUGAAAGGGGUGAUGAGAUUUGGUAAGAGAGGUAAGCUCAGUCCGCGAUUUGUGGGACCAUAUGAAAUUACCAAGAAAGUGGGUAAAGUCGCUUAUGAGUUAGCCUUACCUGAAGAGAUGGCGGGUAUACAUAAUGUGUUCCACAUUUCGAUGCUCAAAAGAUAUUUUGAAAGCCCAGAACAUAUCCUGGUACCUCCACAAGUACAAACUCAACCGAAUAUGACCUACGAAGAGAGGCCCGUGAAAAUACUUGAUCGUGAGAUUAAGAGACUAAGGAACAAAGAGAUAGCGCUGGUCAAGGUAUUGUGGCGAAAUCACAAAAUUGAGGAAGCAACAUGGGAACCAGAAGAUGCCAUGAGGAAGCGCUACCCUGAAUUAUUCUAAGUUUCGAGGACGAAACUUUUAUAAGGUAACGUUGACCGGCAAGCUCCAGAAAUCAUAAAUGAAUAAGUAAAUAAUAUGCUGAAAUUAUCAGUUUAUAUUUAUCUUUAAAAUAUUUUUUUAAUCAGGUUAAAAUUCUACUUUCAGAACUAGAAGCAUUUUUUUAAGCAGACUAAGACACCCAAAUCAGUUAUCUUGGCCGAAUCGGUGUUUUGGUUAAGAGCCCUAAAAGGAGUAGUUUAUACACAUAACACACCGCCUUUGUUUUUUUUUUUCAACAACAGUAGCCGCACCGCCUAAUUAAAUCAAUCGGGAACCGACUUCCCUGAUCUCCCUAUUUUCCCCUUUCUUCCUCUUCAUCCAAAGGUUUUCUAAUCAGUAUUUUGUUGAAGCUCCUUGGUCCCUUGUGUCAUCGGCUCUUGUCUAAUUUAAGAAGGGGCUUACCGAGAGACGUUAUCAAGGUGUCGCACUUAAUUGAGUAAUCUGAGUUCAACUUCUACAGGAAAUGAAUAAAGGAUGGAAGCUUGAGAGAAUGUACAGAGCUGGUGACAGGGUUUUGGAUGGGUUAACGGAGAAGACCUGGCUGGUUGUUAUGUUUUGUAUUAGUACUUUGAUACUUAUAUGUUUUGUUAAAGGUUUUGUUUUCAAAACUCCUGAUCAGGUGUAAUAGUUAUGUUUACGGAUGGUUUAUCUUGAUUUCUUUAUGUUUUCGUUAAAAAGUUUGGUUAUGUAUAUAAGAAAUAAAGUUUCAUGAGGAGACUUUAUAUCUUUACUUCCGCUUUGUAUAUCGAGUUUGUUCAUGUUUGAGUAUCGUAAUGGUCGUUUGGGGACGGUCGUUACAUAUGUAGAUGCUGAU